AUGUCUGGAGCUGUUGACCAAAAGAAGAAGAGAACCUUCAAGACUUUCUCAUACAAGGGUGUCGACCUUGCUGACCUCUUGGAGUUGUCCAACGCAGAUUUCGCUAAAUUGUGCCAUGCCAGAGUUAGAAGAAGAUUCUCCAGAGGUUUCGGUACCAAGCCAAACGGUUUGAUCAAGAAGUUGAGAGCCGCUAGACUUGCUGCUGGUCCAAACGAGAAGCCAGCUCUUGUCAAGACCCACCUCAGAAACAUGAUUGUCUUGCCAGAAAUGAUUGGCUCCCUUAUUGGAAUCUACAACGGUAAGGUGUUCAACACCAUCGAGGUUAAGCCAGAGAUGGUUGGCCACUACCUUGGAGAGUUCUCCAUUACCUACAACCCUGUCCAGCACGGAAAAGCAUCCUCUGGUUCUAAGUUGAAGCUUUAUUAG